CCCUCCCAUCUCGGUCAACUGAAGAGAACUCGCAUCAUGGCUUCUCAGGCGGUGCUGCUGUGCGUGUGUGUGGCGGUGGGCGUGGCCAGCGCGGGCUUCCUCGGCUCCCCGGCCGUCUCCUACUCGGCGGCUCCCGCUGUCCACUCGGCCCCGGCGCUUCCAGGAGCGCUGGCGGCGGCCAGGGCUGACGCGGACUACGACCCGAAUCCGCAGUACAGCUUCAGCUACAGCGUGAGCGACGCGCUGACGGGCGACGCCAAGCAGCAGCAGGAGAGCCGCAGCGGCGACGCCGUGCAGGGCAGCUACAGCGUCGUCGAGCCGGACGGCGCCGUCCGCACCGUGCAGUACUCGGCCGCGCCCGGCGCCGGCUUCAACGCCGUCGUCUCCCGCUCCGGCGGCGCACCACCGCCUCCCGCGCCCGCCAGGGUCGCCGCACCCGCGCCCCUGCCCGGUGAGUAA